AUGUUCCAUACAUUUGAGGGUUUCGAGAACCCGACGGCAGCAACUCCUGCCCGCAACCGGGCUCCCAGUGAAAGACGGGAAUCCAUCAGUCGCCGAGUGACAACCUUGCGUGCUUGUACAUCUUGUCGUCAUCGAAAGAUCAAGUGCGAUGGCGAAAAGCCCUGUGAGGCAUGUCGGUGGUAUAAAAAGUCGGAUCAGUGCCACUAUUCAGAUCCGCGACCAUCGCGGAGGCACGUAGAGAAACUCUCUACAACCUUGGAAGAGUAUCGAAGUAUCUUGGGGAAGUUGUUCCCAAACUUCGCUCCGGAGUCUUUAGUUAAUCUGCCGCGGGAGAAACUCCUUGAGCUCACAACUGCGUUGGGAUCAUCUCACCUCCACGGGCUGUCACAUCAUGCCGAAUCACCAGCUACAUCGGCUUCGCUGGAAGCAAAUGUUUCACCUCUGUCGAAUGAUGACGACAAUCUCGAGGCUCUCCAGACCAUGCCAGAGGAACUGCCGGAUAGCCGUAGUGCCAGCUCCACGGAUCUAGUAGAAGGCGUCUCGGAUGAUGUUAAUGCGUUGUCCUUAUCUGCACGGCAGCCUUCAUCUUACUUGGGUGUGUCUUCCAUCCAAGCGGUGAUCAAAGUCAUCGUCUGGCUAGAUCCAGGCUGCGCCUCGUACUUCUCUCGAACACCCCCGAGUGAACGGGAGAACCCAACAGCCUGGUCGCAUCGCGCACCUAUCACACCCCCGCAACCCUUGAUUCCACCUUCGGAGAUGCAAAUGCUCGAUGGAUAUUUCCUUUAUUUCCAAGCCUUCGCUCCCAUGAUCGAUGAGCGGUCCUUCCGUGAGGCUUAUUGUACCGGCCGCCGGAGAGAUGACCAUUGGCUUGCGUUGCUCAACAUUGUCCUUGCCCUAGGCUGCAUCGCAGCCACUGGGCCCGACGAUACAACGCAUCAGACAUAUUUUCUGCGGUGCAAGAGUCACCUGAGUCUGACCUCCUUGGGUAGCUCCCAUAUUGAGACUAUCCAGGCCCUAGGCUUACUGGGCGGCUGGUACUGCCACUAUAUCAGCCAGCCGAAUCUGGCAUACUCCGUCAUGGGCGCUGCCUUGCGUAUGGCGGCUGCCUUGGGGCUGCACAAAGAGUUUGCCGAGACUCGCCAACUGCCAACCCCCGCAAAAUUAGCCUCGAUCGAUCUUAAACGCCGUGUCUGGUGGUCUUUGUGCUGUAUGGAUACCUGGGCUUGCAUGACCCUGGGGCGGCCCAGCAUGGGUCGGAUCGGCUCCACCAUUACAGUCAAACCACCUCUCUGUCGGGACAAGGAAAAUGUCCUCGAAAUCCUCCCCCUGGUAGAAAACAUCCGCUUCGCGAAGAUCGCAACACAAGUGCAAGAAUCCCUCGCCGCGGCGCCGUUAGUCAAGCACCAAGAAAUGGCGCACGCAGAUGCGCAGCUCCUGGAAUGGUGGGAGAACCUCCCCUCCGUCCUGAAAGACCACGAGCCUUGCUCAGAGUCAAUAAAUACCGUCCGCACGGUUAUGCGCUGGCGCUACUACAAUCAACGACUGCUUCUGUACCGACCAACCCUACUCAACUACGCCAUGCGCCGUGUGCCUUAUAUUGCAUUGCGAUCGGAGGAGCGCACAGCGAUUGAAAAAUGUCGCGAGGUCGCCGAGGAAUCUAUUCAGAAUAUUGCUGCCACGGCUCAGCUUAACCAGCUGUGUGGUUGGAAUGCUGUCUGGUGGACUUUCCAGGCUUCCAUGGUGCCGAUGGUAGGACUGUUCCUCAACGAUCCAACAGUGGAUGACCGGCGCGCUUCUAUAGAGUCCUGCCAGGCGCAGGUAGAGACCGCCAUGAUGACUUUAGCCCGUAUGCAAUCUUUUGGUCAUACGGCCAAGCGGUCGCUGGAUGCCAUCUCACGAAUGUACGAGGCUAGCAAGCGGGGACAGGAUCUCACCAACCCUGGCUCCUCGGCUCCUGUUGGUGGCUCUUAUCCCGCUGGCCGGGAUGAUCGGGAUGUACCGCUCACAUUCCCGGAGCCCGGUCGUGAUACUAUGGCUAUGAGCGAGAAUGGGUUCCUUGACCCGCUCGCCACUCCAUUCACCGAUGAUUCAGGCGGCCAGUAUCUCUGGGAGUAUCUCAGCUGGAGUGACAACAAUCUGUGGCCGGGGACUGUCAAUGACAUUGAUGGGCGUAACGAUACAAUGACUUUGUUGACCCCCGAUGAAAAGAGCCAGAAAUACGAACAACCAGUGUAUUUCGAUCCCAUGGCCGAUCCGGGGUACUUUGUAAACGGCGGACCUUACUACUGA